AUGCCGGAGUUCAAUGCAUUCAAAGAUGAAGAGAUCAAAGAGGCCGAACAUCGUAACCAUUUAGACCAUCUAGGACAUCACGAUGGAGGAUCAAAUACACAAUUAGAGAAUGAAGGAAUGCAGAAUGCACAAGAUGUGCUGGACACCAACACGCCACUUCAGCCGCCGGAAUCAUCAACGCACAAUCUCCAUACACCAAGUGAAAAUUCAUCACCUUCACAAACAUUCGGGAUAAGAGAACCAUUACCUCCUUUACACACACCACAUCGAAGGAGGAAAACGAUAUUAUGGGUUGGACUUAUCCUCGUGACGCUUGACCUUGCUUGCCUUCCAAUCACAUAUUACUAUGCAUUGAGUUUUGGCACAGGGCUAAAGUUACAAGAUAGUAAGCCCUUAUUCGUUAUUUCCACUCAUCUUUUCACCAGUUUAAUCAUAACACUUAGUCUUCGCUAUUAUAACAAGUGUAUAUGGAAUGAUUAG